CAGUAAGUUGACUAACUGUUCAAGACCUCUCCUCUUCACUUCACUCUAACUGACACCUACUAGCAGUUCCCACUCAAUACCAGUAAGUUAACUCACUGUACAAGACCUCUCCCCUUCACUUCACUCUACUGCAGGGUGGGAGAUGCAACAAUGUCCUUGAGAACAGCAGGAAGUGUGUUGGUGGUCUUUCUCUGGUCUGUAGCAGUGGUACUGGGUCAGAAUGGAUGGAGUGUGAUUUACACCAAGAAUAGUAUCUGUGUCUUGAAGGGGUCAACAGUGCAGAUGUCCUGCACUUACACAUAUCCCAGUGGUACAGUCACAACAGCCUUCUGGUUCACUGAAUUGGGGACUGGUAAAGAGCCUGACAGUCUAGCUCAGGACCCAGAGUAUGCAGGUCGUCUGGAGUAUCAUGGGGAUAAGAAGAAUGGUCAACGCCUGAGAAUCACAGACCUGAGAGAGAGUGACUCUGCUGAGUACAAGAUCAGAUUAUUAACUGAAGGAGGGAGAUACGUUGGAAGUCCUGGAGUCUCUCUGUCUGUCACAGGUUUUCAGGUGAAGGUGACUGGUGGACAUCAGGAUAUGACAUUGACCUGUAUCACCACCUGUACUCUGACUGACAACCCCACCUACAUCUGGUACAAGAACGGACUCAAAGUGAAGGAGGACACUUCCAGCCUGCACUCAGACUCCUUUAGUGAUGCAGACAGUUACUCCUGUGCUGUAAAAGGCCAUGAGGAUCUCCUCUCUCCUGCAGUGUGUAAGAACUGUUGGAUUGUGACUUACACCCAUCAGAGUAUCUGUUCCUUCAAGGGGUCAACAGUGGACAUAUCCUGCUCUUACACAUAUCCCAGUUACCAUGAGAUCAAAACAACUUUCUGGUUUACUAAAUGGGAGUCCGAUAUGGAUCCUGAAGAUCUGAACUCGAUGCCAGGGUAUGAGGGUCAUAUAGAGUACCUUGGGGAUAAGAAGAGUGAGGGUACCCUGAGAAUCACAGACCUGAGAUUGAGUGACUCUGCUGGGUACAGGUUCAGAAUAAUAACAUCUGGAGGAAAGUUUGCUGGCUCACCUGUCUCCCUGACUGUCACAGAUGUUGUGUUGAAGAUGGAUCCUACAUCUGUGUCAGAGGGGGAGAGAGUCACACUGACAUGUAGAACCAAAUGUACACUGGACCCCAUCACAGUCUACAGUUGGUAUAAGAAUGGACAGUCUAUACCAAACAGCAACACCUCCUCUCCUGUCUAUAUCCUGUUCUCAGUCAGCAGUGAGGAUACAGGCAGAUACUCCUGUUCUGUAGAAGGACAUGAGGAUCUCCCCUCUGAUGAAGAGACUCUCACUGUCACAUAUGGCCCAAGGAACACCUCAGUGUCAGUCAGUCCCUCUGGUGAAAUAGUGGAGGGCAGUUCAGUGACUCUGACCUGCAGCAGUGAUGCCAACCCACCUGUGGACAAAUACACCUGGUACAAGAUAACAUACAAGAAAAUGUCAAUGAGACAUUCUGGACAGAGCUACACCAUCCAUAAUAUCAGCUCUGAGGACAGAGGAGAAUAUUACUGUGAGGCUGAGAAUGAAGUUGGAGCCAAAAUAUCAAAGCUUGUUCCUGUAAAUGUUUUGUCAGUGUUUCCCUGGGUUCCUGUGGUGGGGGUGGGGGCUGUCCUGACUGCUGGAGCUCUGCUACUCACCAUCUACUGCACACUGAAGAGGAGAUCCACAGGAGGAAGUGAUGCCACAACAGACACACAGAGUGUCCAUCCUGACCCUAACAGUGACACGUACACAGGUCUGAGCAUGAAGACCAUGUCCCCUGACUAUGACACUCUGGCAAGUGUCCAUCCUGACCCUAACAGUGACAAGUGCACAUCUCUGAAGAAUACCAGGUCACCAGAGUGACACCCUGUGUGUGUGUGUGUGUGUGUGUGUGUGUGUGUGUGUGUGUGUGUGUGUGUAAACAUUUUAUGAAGUGGUGUAUAAAGUGCUCAUUCAGUAUGUCUUUGUUCAGAACGUGAGAGACUCACCCAGUGACACAUCCCCUCAAAUAGAUAGUAAGCCACCACAGAACCUGGUCUGAAGAGAACCACCAUAGAACCUGGACUGAAGACAACCACCACAGAACCUGGACUGAAGACAACCACCAAAG